AUGGCUGUCACGCAAGUACUUGUCCUCUUAGCUUCUGCAUUACUCUUAUCAAUGCUCUCCACUGUCGUUGAUUCCACCAGGUCUAACGAAACAUGGCAUGAACAUGCAGUUGAGAAUCCAGAGGAAGUAGCUGCUAUGGUGGACAUGAGCAUCCGGAACAGUACAGAGCGGAGGCGAUUAGGCUACUUCUCUUGCUCCACCGGGAAUCCGAUCGACGAUUGCUGGCGUUGUGACCGGAGAUGGCAAUCCAGGCGGAAGCAUCUUGCCAAUUGCGCAAUCGGAUUCGGUCGCAACGCGAUCGGCGGUCGAGACGGUCGUUACUACGUCGUGAGCGACCCGGGCGACGAUAACCCGGUUAACCCGAGACCCGGAACGCUCCGUCACGCCGUGAUCCAAGACGAGCCUCUCUGGAUCGUCUUCAAGCGCGACAUGGUUAUCACCUUGAAACAAGAGCUCAUCAUGAACAGCUUCAAGACGAUCGAUGGUCGCGGCGUCAACGUCCACAUCGCUAACGGCGCUUGCAUCACGAUCCAGUUCGUGACGAACAUCAUCAUCCAUGGGAUCCAUGUUCACGACUGUAGACCGACCGGUAACGCCAUGGUGAGAAGCUCGCCGUCGCAUUACGGGUGGAGGACGAUGGCCGACGGAGACGGGAUCUCGAUUUUCGGGUCGAGUCAUAUCUGGAUCGAUCACAAUUCGCUUUCUAAUUGCGCUGAUGGGCUCAUCGACGCCGUCAUGGCUUCCACCGCCAUCACUAUCUCCAACAAUUACUUCACACACCACAAUGAGGUUAUGUUAUUGGGGCAUAGUGAUACAUACACAAGGGAUAAGGUUAUGCAAGUCACAAUUGCUUACAACCAUUUUGGUGAAGGUCUUAUCCAGAGAAUGCCAAGGUGUAGGCAUGGAUAUUUCCAUGUAGUAAACAAUGACUACACUCACUGGGAAAUGUAUGCGAUUGGUGGUAGUGCGAGUCCCACCAUUAACAGCCAGGGAAACAGAUAUCUCGCUCCAAGAAACCGAUUUGCUAAAGAGGUGACGAAGAGAGACUAUGCAGGUCAAUGGCAAUGGAAGCACUGGAACUGGAGAUCAGAAGGAGACCUUUUCCUGAACGGAGCUUUCUUCACACGUUCUGGAUCAGGACUUGGAGCAAGCUACGCUAGAGCUUCAAGUUUAGCAGCCAAGUCGUCGUCCCUUGUCGGUACCAUCACCUACAACGCCGGUGCUCUUUUAUGCAGAGGUGGUCGCCGGUGUUAA